AUGAAGACGAAGCAUUCUCCUGGGGAAGAUCCGAUCAUCAGCUUCUGCAAGGCAACAUCAGAGUCUCAAGAAACAGCACGCUUCUUCCUCGAAGGAUUCAGCUGGGAUCUCGAUAACGCCGUCUCUGGUUUCCUCCAAGGUCAGCUUCCUCCUGUCAAAAAACAGCCGUUGCAGCGACCUCGAUCACGAUCUCCUUCGAGGCGGAUAGACUCAUCUGGCUUGAGAUCAAAGCAUUAUAAGAUGGACGCAGAUGAAACCUUCAAAACUUUGGAUGAUGAUAGAGAGCCUAUUGGACUUGCCAAAGAAGCAACUCAUGAUGAAAUAUCACAUGGAGUAGAUUUGGCCUCUAUGCCUGAUCCUAUCUAA